GAUUUGAUGGACUUUUCAUUGACGAACGGCUCCGGAUUUCGUUUAGUCUUCACCAUGGCUUCGUUCGAUCGCGAUCGGCGUGUUUGGAGCGGCCCUCGGCAGCCAUGCGUUUUCAAUCCAGAGUGCAAUUUUGGCCAGAUCGUAAUGAAUCUGUUGGAACGGUCGCCGGAAAAGGUUGUCCAAAUUGACGGUGACACCGGACGGACAAUGACCCGGGCCCAGAUGCGCCUUCACAUUGUGCGGGUGGCCCAGAAUAUCCAAUCGCUGGGCUAUGGCGUCGGCGAUAUCGCUUCGGUCGUGGCAGUGAAUAGUGAAUACCUGGCCCCUCUGGUCUUGGGCCUGCAGGUUAUCGGCGUCGGAUUCAAUGCACUCUCGCCGACGUUCGACGAAAACGAAAUGAUUCACAUGAUGCGUCAAACGCAAUCGAAAUUGGUGUUUUGCGAUGCGGAUAAUUACCACACGGUGAAGGCAGCGGCCGAAAAAGCAAUCGAGGGUUCAUUCAGAAUUUUCAUCAUGGAACGGGCACCGGAAGAAUCGCUCGAUGUGAUGCAACUGUUCCGGCCAACCGGAAAGGAGCUCGGUUUCUAUCCACGAUACUUGGGUGACUCGUACAAAUUGACCGCUUCUAUCACCUGCUCAUCUGGAACCACCGGUUUGCCAAAAGGAGUCUGUUACUCUCAUGCGCUAACGAUUUCCGGCUUCUGUAAAGUAGCGAACUUUGACGACGGCAUCAGUUUGAAUUUCAGCACCCUGUAUUGGGGAACCGGUGUUUACGUGCUGAACAUGUCAAUCAUGAACAACUGCACCAGACUGAUCACUCGCAGGCAAUUCUCGGCCGAUCUAUUCUUCGAGCUGAUUGAAAAGUUCCCAAUCAAGUUCCUGUACACCCCCGCCUCGUUUGCAGCAUCCAUAGCGGCUGAUCCUCGGGCAGCAAAAACCAAUCUGUCCAGUAUUAAGGUGUGGGCCCUUGGAGCUUCUAACGUAUCGGAGUGUAUUCGAGAUGAGGUGGACAUCUUACUGAAGCCGCAGGGAGGAAGGUCAUACAAUUUCUACGGAACCUCCGAGAGUGGAUUCAUUGCUGCUGAUUUCAUUAAAAGGAAACCGAAAGCCGUCGGAAGAGUGGGAAUCAACAUGCAGGUGCGCACCUUGGAUGAGAGCGAUCGGCCUUUGGAGGUUGAGGAGCAGGGUGAAGUGGUCGUCAAAUCUGUUGGAAUUCCCUUCUUGGGGUACUACAAAAACGAAGAAGCGUCUCGAGUGGCUCUGGACAGUGAUGGAUGGUUCCGUACCGGAGAUAUUGGCUAUUUCGACGAGGAAGGUUAUCUGUACUUAGUCGACCGGAAGAAGGAAAUUCUCAAAUAUGCUGGCAACCAAGUGUCGCCCAGAGAAGUCGAGGCAGUGAUAGAAUGCAUCGAGGGAAUUUCACAGGUGUGUGUCGUUGGAGUUCCCAAUGAGGAUAAAACUUCGGAUCUUGUAACAGCAGUGGUAAAAUUGGAUGGAACGGCAAAACUGACUGCCGAAGACGUGAUUUCAGUCGUAGCAAAACGCCUCAGUGACCCCAAACACAUUAGAGGAGGAGUCUACCGAAUUUUCGAAUUUCCGAUGACUAGCAACGGCAAAAUUGUCAGACGUGAAGUAAGGCGAAUGCUUUUGGAUGGUGAAAUAAACAAAAGACUAUGA